AUGGCAUCAAAAGAAGGAGGUGAAAAAAGCAAGAACGCUCAAGGCACUGGAGAUAAUAAAGAGAAGCGUAGAAAAGAAUCUAUUCUAGAUUUAAGUAAAUAUCUGGAAAAAAGCAUACGAGUUAAAUUUGCCGGUGGACGUGAAGCGGCGGGUAUUUUGAAGGGCUAUGAUCCACUGUUAAAUCUGGUUCUAGACAAUACAACAGAGUUUUUGAGAGAUCCUGAUGACCCAUACAAGCUACUUGAUGACACUAGAGCUCUUGGUUUGGUUGUUUGCCGAGGGACAUCAGUUGUACUAAUAUGUCCAAUGGAUGGCAUGGAGGCAAUACCAAAUCCAUUUAUAACACAAGAAGGA